AUGUCUUCUUGCUUAAGAGACCCCUCGAAUCGCUCUGAUCUUCCCGUAACGAGUCGCGCCAACCUCAAACGUCGACCGAAUCCGUCGUCUAUCAGGUCAGAGGCCGACGCCACUGGCGUACAAUGGCUGCUCUCUUCCGAAUGGACACCAGGAAAGCCUACUGGUCGAGGAAGGAGGCUGACGAUGCCUCCUGGAGAGGCAUUCAAGGAAAUCCAUGACUUGUUUUCCCUACUUUCUUCUCAUUUCCGUAGCUCUCAGUUGCUAAAUCCUGAGGACAAAGGGUUGGUGACGGACGGGGCGUACAUAGAAGCAAAGCACUACAUGAUGAAGCUUCAAGCAUUACUGGACGAGCUGAGAACACUCAAGGUCGAUAGCAACCAGGAAGACAGCAAACAAGGGUUGUUAAUAUCAAUAGAUAGUGCGAUCUCACAAGCACAAACAUGGGUUGAACAGAAGAGGGCACUUGCACUCAGCCAGGAAGAACAUUCCAAGAUCUACUGGCGCGCGCACCCACCAUCGCCUUCCCAAGGUCCACGAGUCGUGUCGGAGAAGAGGAACAUUCCCGAACUAGGCUCAGACUCGACACCGCCAUGGCCAACGUUGCACGCAAAUGUCCCUACCGACCGCACAGAGGGCGGAUCCAACCCCGAUGUCACUGUUCCAUGGCUGCUCUCUCCUAAUUGGGCUCCGAACGAGUUGGCAUUGUCUAGAAAACGGUUCACGAAACCACCCAAGGAAGCACUGACUGACAUGGCUCACUUGUACCUCGCCCUUCAGUCACAAUUUUAUUAUCCAUCGCUUCGAUUCGAGGACGGCGAGCCUAUGAUGACUGAGUCGUAUGCAGAGACGCAGCACUAUCUAAUGAAGCUGCAGGAGCUACUGGACGAGUUGGAAGCUCUCAAGGUUGUUGGCGAGGACGAGGCUCGUAAGACAAGAUUAACGGAUGAAAUCAAAAGAGCUUCUGCAAGCGUGAAAGAGUGGAUCGAGAAAGAGAAAAUCAAGGCGCAGAAACUCGAAGAAAGAAUACAAUUUCUUAUAGCUGAAGAGGAAAGAAAGCAGGAACUACAACCAGAAGCUUCGGGUUGCGUUAUAGCAUAA